AUGACAUCAGAUUCCACUGAAUAUCCUCUUAUGGGUAUUCCGAUACCUUUCCGUUACCAAGUCCGGGAGAGUGGCGAUAACGUAGUUGAAGAGAUGGACUUACUGCUGUGCGAUGAACCAGCGAAAAACAGUUCCAAAAGGGCCCGUGAAGGAGAAAAUGAGGCCAGCUUUGAUAGCAAGCGGCUAAGAGGGAACUGCAAAUCUCCUCAGCGCUCCAUCAUUCCCGGAAACUCAAACUUUGCCGAAGACAUUGUCCCCACUUCGACUCAAGAGCCAUCCUUCUCCACCAAUAGUAGACACAAGAGUACCCCACACAGAAAUAACAGCCCUUUGUUACUUGAAGGUACAAAAGAAGGGCUUUGGAAUGGAAAGUGCGACCCCCAGUAUAACCAGCAGUCGACACAAUGUAAUAACUGCACGCCGGUCGACGACACCCCCGCGAUUGUUGCAAACAACAACUCAGUCACCAACGGCAAUGGAACUAAUCCCUUAGUUAGUGCACAAAACGAAGAAGGGCUUCCGUUGUCCCCUAUAGCAUCACCAAGCUGCUCGUCGUCUGGGGCGCCAUGUUCGCCCAGGGACGCUAUUUCUCAACAAGACUAUUUGGACCUAGUAGCGUCUACCGCACACUCUAGACUGUCACCUUCAGCUUAUCAAAACCUCGUUUUUCAGCUUGUCAGCAAGCUCACAAGAAGUGAGCUUUCAGACUUGGGCACAUUAGUUAAAGACAACUUGAAGCGAGACCUCAUAAGCUCACUCCCGCUUGAAGUUUCGAUGAAUAUUUUAACGAACUUGGGUUUUGAAGAUAUAUCAAGAUGCUUGUCGGUAAACAGGACGUGGAACAGCCUUAUAAACAACACCUCUUACCUAUGGAGGAAGCUGAUGGUAACCGAGGGUUUCAUAUCACAGGAGGAGUUCAAAAAGUAUUCUAAUGAGACACCAGAAAAGUCAAAUGAUGAGUCCCAAGAUGGGGACCUCUUUCGUGUACACUUUCUGAAAAACCAGUCAUAUUUGAAAAAUUGGUACAAUGGGCGUUUUAAACCGCACAGAACAACACUUAGAGGACACACCAUGAAGAUAGUAACCUGUUUACAGUUUGAGGAUGACUACGUGAUUACUGGAGCUGAUGAUAAAAUGAUACGGGUUUACGACGUCAAAAGCGGGCGCUUUCUUGCCCAACUUAGUGGCCAUGAUGGCGGUGUAUGGGCCUUGAAAUAUGGCCAGGAUGGGAUACUUGUUAGCGGGUCAACUGACAGAAGCGUGCGAGUUUGGAACAUCAAAACAGGCAAGUGCACUCAUGUUUUCAAAGGGCACACGUCAACUGUUAGAUGCCUGGAUAUCGUUGAGCACAACGGCGGGAAAUUCAUAAUAACUGGUUCUAGAGAUCACACACUACAUGUUUGGAGGCUUCCAAAUUGCCAUUCCGAAAAUUAUGAUCCUGAGGUCUGCGAAAUCUUCAACACCACAGAUACGAACCCGUACUUUGUGGGGGUACUUCGGGGCCACAUGGCAGCUGUGCGGACGGUGUCUGGGCAUGGGAAUAUCGUAAUAAGUGGUUCGUACGACUUCAACUUAAUGGUCUGGGAUAUCGCUAAAAUGAAAUGCCUGUAUGUCCUAACGGGCCACACUGACCGUAUUUACUCCACCAUCUACGAUUACACAAGGAAUCGGUGCAUAUCCGCAGGAAUGGACUCCACCAUUAAGGUUUGGGACUUGCAAAAUAUUCAAAAAAAUGGGCACUGCACAACGAUCAACUCCACCAGCAAUCCCUGCACCAAGGUAACAGGCUCUGUUUUGACGCUUCAAGGCCACACAGCUCUAGUUGGGCUUUUGGGGCUAUCAGACAAAUUUUUAGUGAGCGCUGCGGCCGACGGUACUUUACGUGGUUGGGAUUCAGAUAACUACUCCCGACAAUUCGCUUACCACCACAAAGACCUCAGUGCAAUCACGACAUUCUACGUCAACGACAAUAUUCUCGUAAGCGGCUCAGAGGGACAAUUCAAUGUCUACAACCUUAGAAGCGGAAAAUUGAUUCACUCAGACUUACUGAGCGAUGCAGAUCAGAUUUGGUCCGUUAAAUUCGACAAUAGAAGGCUUGUAGCUGCUGUUGAGAGGGACGGGCGCAGCUUUGUUGAGUUUCUCGACUUUGGGAAGCCGGAGCAGGAGGCAAAUGUUGAAAAUCUACCCUAUUCUUCAGAAGAUAGAGAAGAUGCCGAGUAUGCUACUCUCGGAAGCCGCGCUACUCGGUUGUAUGACCCGUAG